AAGUGAAAAAGAGCAACUAUUAAAUAAAAAUAUAAAUACAGUUCUACACUCACUCUCCUUCACUGCCAUCUAUUUGCCAGUUUGGAAAUGUUUCUUUAAUCCCCCAGAGAUGCUGCCAAAAAUCCGUCUGGCAUCUUCUCUUACUUAUACAUCUUGUGAGUAAGAUCCCUUUCUUUAUGUUUUUAUUAUCAUUUCAUUUACAUUCAUUCACUUCUCUGCAACUCUUUUUGCUUCUUCUUCUUGUUCCAAUUUGGGUUUUGCCUAGUUACUAGCUGGUUCAUAAGAACUUAUCGAUAUUCAGUAGUAAUAUAUGUCAAGAAUCAUGCAAGACCAAAUUGGCAUUCCCGCAUGUUUUUCAUCAGGUGAGAAGAUCACUGAUGAUCCUGCCGCAAUAACAAGAUCUGGUCAGAGUGCCUUCAUGUCAGUUUAUAGGACAAAGAUCGCCGAUCAGUGCCGUUUGAUCACCAUCACAUGGUGCAAAAACUUGCUGCUUCAUGGCCUUUCAUUGUCAGUAGAAGGAGAAAAAGGAGACAAGCAGUACACCUGCAAAGUUGAGCUGAAGCCGUGGUACUUUUGGAGGAAACAAGGCUCCAAGCGGUUUGUAGUCGAUGGUAAAGCAGUUGAUAUAUUUUGGGACCUCAAAGCAGCCAAAUUCAAUGGCGAAACUGAGCCCAUCUCGGAUUACUAUGUUGCAGUUGUUUGUAAUGAAGAAGUUGUGCUCCUACUUGGGGAUCUGAAGAAAGAUGCAUAUAGAAAAACUGGGUGUAGGCCUGCUCUUAUUGAACCAGUUAUGGUUGCAAGAAAGGAACACAUAUUUGGCAAGAAGAAAUUCUCCGCCAAAGUAAAAUUUCAUGAGAAAGGUAGGUUUCAUGAGGUCUCAAUUGAAUGCAAGAAUAAACCAACAAAUAGUACUGGAAAUACAAGAAAUGGUAAUAUUUCUUCAGGUGGAGGAGCUGAGCCAGAAAUGGAAAUAAGGAUUGAUGGGCAUUUGGUGAUUCACGUCAAGCAUCUUCAAUGGAAGUUUAGAGGUAAUGAGUCUGUUCAUGUCAAUAAAGCAAGAGUGGAAGUGUAUUGGGAUGUCCACGACUGGCUAUUCAGUCCUGGUUUAAGACAUGCUUUAUUUAUAAUUAAGCCAAUUUUGUCCUCAUCGUCGUCUCUUUCUUGCCGAUCAAGUACAUCUUCUUCGCCGCCAUUAUCAUCGUUGGGAUCAACACCAUUGUCAUCUCAGGCAGGAAGUUGUGAUUCAACAGAAGGUGGGUCAUCUGAGUUUUGCUUGUUUCUCUAUGCCUGGAAGGUUGAAUGACAGAGGAACACCCCAAUAUUGUAAAAUCAUUAUCAAUUCAUCAUCAUCAACAGCAGCAGCAACAACAACAACAACGAAAGAAUAAGGCUAUGGGGGAGGCAGGAUGGAUCGAUGAGGAUGCAGAUUGGGUUAAGAAAGAGACAGAUGAUUGGGAAAUGAAGGAAGAAGAAGUGGGGACAAAGAGGGAAGGAAUAGAAAGUCUUUACAGCUGGGGUUCACAAGUGGGCAUAAAUGGACAAGACAGAUUAUCAUCUCCAUGCUGAAUAAUUCCAUCUCUAUACGCACCUCCAUCUGUUUUUUAAGAACAUUUUCCAUUAUUUUCCUCUCUCUUGAUCUACUCUUGAGAAAUGAGCUCCUUUCUUUCCCAAUUAUAUCUAUCAAUGCGUGUAUGAUUUCUGCAUUUUUUUAUACAAAAAAAAGUCGACAGCAGUUUCGUAA